AGGAUGAAGAACCAACAGCACACCUCCAGAUACCUGCUGCUCCAUGUGUGGUGCGGGUUUCUCACAGUCGCCAUGGUGAUUAUGACCGCAGUUCUCACAACAGUGCAAAUAAGCUCACCUGACAAGGUAUGUCCAAUUAUCAUCAGUGAUAGCUAGACUCAGAUAUGACGAUGAUGAUGAUGAUGAUGAGGGUGGUGGUGGUGGUGGUGAUGAUGAUGAUGAGGGUGGUGGUGGUGAUGAUGAUGAUGAUGAUGAUGAUGAUGAUGAUACAUAAGGGUAGACUGAUGAUGAUAAUGAUGAGGGUGGUGGUGUUGAUGAUAAUGAUGAUGAUGAUGAUGGUGGUGGUGGUGAUGAUGAUGAUGGUGGUGGUGGUGGUGGUGGUGAUGAUGAUGAUGAUACAUAAGGGUAGACUGAUGAUGAUGAUGAUGAUCUCAAGGUGUCCCUAUGUCAUUUCUCUCUCAAAGAGUCAUUUAUCUGAAUCAAAGGAGGAAAACCAACACCCUACAAGUAAGUUGUACUGGGUUACACAUACUGACAUUAAUAGUUUUUUCUGUACUGUAAGUCAUUAUAUUGACCAAGGCACUGUAAUAGCAUUCAUAUCCCAUAUUAGACAUUCUACAACAGUAUACAAUGACUGGAAAUAUUAUUUAUCUUUUGCAGAUGGUAGUUUUUUGGCUCAAUUGAAUUCAUCAAAGGGUAAGUAAAGCAUUGCUAUUUCCAUUUCUGAUUAUCAAUGAAUAACUAAUGUUUAAACAAUACAUUGUGUGCAAUAUAAUUCAUGUAAUUGAUGCAGUGUCUGGAGAAAGCUGGCAUUAUAAGAUUGUACAAGCAGAGAGUAACACGUAAACGUUACAAGAUGAAAAUGAAUGUGCUUUAUUUGCUUUCCAGCUCCCCAUCUCUCGUAUAUCCAGCUGACCAUGGGUAAGCUAAACACUUCCUUUCCUAGUUUAUUGGUAAGGACUUUUGGGCCUAACAUUCCAUCCUUGCUGCAGUUUCCUUUUUACAUCGUAAGUUCAUGGAAAACAUGAGUUAACGCUGGAGCUUCUGCUGUCUGUCUGAACUUGUCAGUUCCACUAAACAAGACUAGGGCCCUGUACACACUCAGGUUGCACAACUGAUCUAACACAUUUGACACAAUGGUUGUGAUACACCUACUAUUUAUAUGAUACAAUGGAGAGUGUGUCUGCAAAAUACACUCACCAGUCAGUUUAUUAGGUACACCAUGUAGUACCGGGUCGGACCCCCCUUUGCCUCCAGAACAGCCUGAAUUAUUCGGGCAUUCUACAAGGUGUCGGAAACGUUCCACAGGGAUGUUGGUCCAUGCUGACGCGAUGGUAUCACGCAGUUGCUGCAGAUUGAUGGCGGUACAUUCAUGUUGCAAACCGCCCAUUCCAUCUCAUCCCAAAAAUGCUCUAUUGGGUUGAGGUAUGCGGACUGCGCAGGCCACUCAAGUAAACUGAACUCGCUGUCAUGUUCCAGGCGAUGUUUUUCCACUCCUCUAUUGUACAGUGUUGGCCCACUGAAGCAACUUCUUCUUGUUUUUAGCUGAUAGGAGUGGAACCCGGUGUGGUCGUUUGCUGCAAUAGCCCAUCUGUGACAAGGAUUGAGGAGUUGUGCGUUCCGAGAUGCCGUUCUGCACACCACUGUUGUACUGUGCCGUUAUUUGUCUGUUUGUGGCCCGCCUGUUAGCUUGCACCAUUCUCCUUUGUCCUCUCUCAUCAACGAGCUGUUUUCGCUCACAGGACUGCCGCUGACUGGAUAUGUUUUGUUUGUCGCACCAUUCUCUGUAAACCCUUGACACUGUCAUGAGUGAAAGGCCCAGGAGGCCGUUUCUGAGAUACUGGUGCCUGGUACCGACGAUCAUAUUACGCUCCAAGUCGCUUAAAUCACUAGUCUUGCCCAUUCAAUCGAACAGUAACUGAAUGCCUCGAGGCCUUCUGCCUGAUUUAUAUAGCAAGCCACGGCCACGUGACUCACUGUGUGUAGAAGCGGGGUGCUGAGUGUAUGUUUACACAACCAUUGUGCGGUGUCUCCAGAACGCUUGAGUAAAACAACUCUCUGUUGUAUCACAACCGUUGUGCCAAAUGUGUGUAGGCCUACAUCAGUUGUACAACUGGAUUGUGUACCAGGCCUAGAGGCGUACUACCAAGCUUUUACCACCCCAGAUCCUGACUGGAUGGCUGUGGUCACAUUAUCGCAUACUGUAGCAUAACACGCUUACUCACCAUGAGCAGAAAAUAUUACUAAACAGUCAAAUAUAAUUGUAUGUCUAUUAGCAACAUGAUGUUAUGCAUCUUUUUUAAUCAGAAAAUUAUAUUUAUGUAUUGAAAACAUUAUGCAAAUAUUCAAUCUAUUCAUGAAACAUUAAGCUAUUGUGAGGGUAGGUGUAUUAACUGUGGGUUAAUGUAAGGUUAUAAUGCUAGCUAUACAAUCAUGGUGUGCUCAGAUUAAGGUUUACAUUUACAGUUGAAGUCGGAAGUUUACAUACACCUUAGCCAAAUACAUUUAAACUCAGUUUUUCACAAUUCCUGUGAUGCGUGAUUUGAAGUCAGGCGCAGGAGGGUAAAUCACAGUAUACAGAGUUUAUUCCGUAAUCCAGAGUAACCAGUCCAGUGUGCAAAACAGACGCACUGGAACAAACAUGCACACGGGGGAAAAAUACCCCGGCAAUACAUAAAUACUGAGCUCAACCGAGCUACUAAUCCUCACAACGAACAAUCACCCACAAGGACAAGGGGGCAGAGGGAACACUUAAACACGUACUAAUGAGGGAAAUAUGAACCAGGUGUGUGUAAUGACAAGACAAGACAGAUGGAAUGAUGAGAUAUGGAGCGGCAGUGGCUAGAAGGCCGGUGACGACGAACGCCGAAGCCUGCCCGAAUAAGGAGGGGAGGCAGCUUCGGAGGAAGUCGUGACAAUUCCUGACAUUUAAUCCUAGUAAAAAUUCCCUGUCUUAGGUCAGUUAGGAUCACCACUUUAUUUUAAGAAUGUGAAAUGUCAGAAUAAUAGUAGAGAGAAUGAUUUAUUUCAGCUUUUAUUUAUUUCAUCACAUUCCCACUGGGUCAGAAGUUUACAUACACUCAAUUAGUAUUUGGUAGCGUUGCCUUUCAAUUGUUUAACUUGAGUCAAAUGUUUCAGGUAGCCUUCCACAAGCUUCCCACAAUAAGUUGGGUGAAUUUUGGCCCAUUCCUCCAGACAGAGCUGGUGUAACUGGAGUCAGGUUUGUAGGCCUCCUUGCUUGCACACGCUUUUUCAGUUCUGCCCACACAUUUUCUAUAGGAUUGAGGUCAGGGCUUUGUGAUGGCCACUCCAAUACCUUGACUUUGUUGUCCUUAAGCCAUUUUGCCACAACUUUGGAAGUAUGCUUGGGGUCACUGUCCAUUUGGAAGACCAUUUGUGACCAAGCUUUAACUUCCUGACUGAUGUCUUGAGAUGUUGCUUCAAUAUAUCCACAUAAUUUUCCUUCCUCAUGAUGCCAUCUACUUUGUGAAGUGCACCAGUCCCUCCUGCAGCAAAGCACCCCCACAGCAUGAUGCUGCCACCCCAGUUAUUCACGGUUGGGAUGGUGUUCUUUGGCUUCCAAGCCUUCCCCUUUUUCCUCCAAACAUAACGAUGGUCAUUAUGGCCAAACAGUUAUAUUUUUGUUUCAUCAGACCAGAGGACAUUUCUCCAAAAAGUACGAUCUUUGUCCCCAUGUGCAGUUGCAAACCGUAGUCUGGCUUUUUAUGGCGGUUUUGGAGCAAUGGCUUCUUCCUUGCUGGGCGGCCUUUCAGGUUAUGUCGAUAUAGGACUCGUUUUACUGUGGAUAUGUGUUUCAGCUAUGCCCGGGGCUAAUAUGAAUAUCAGAAAACAUUCCGAAACCAUGAUGAAAUCCUUGUCGCUCUCCCUCCCCCUCUCCAUUUAUCUCUCUGAUUUACGCACAUUCAAAGACUUGUGACGCACCAACAUGAAGACACUUGACUUCCCAGAUACACUUUGGCAUGAAACAACUUGUUGACCGGCAGGAAGUACAGAGUACAGGGUGAGAAUUUUCCUCCCGUCUCCGUCAGGAUGACUUUAGAUUCAUACCUUUCUCUCACCUGUACAAUGUCCAUAAUAGGACAGCCUCAAUCUCAGCAGGACUUUAAAAGAAAUCUCAGCAGGACUUGUUUCAAUCUCAGCAGGACUUGUUUCAAUCUCAGCAGGACUUGUUUCAAUCUCAGCAGGACUUGUUUCAAUCUCAGUAGGACUUGUUUCAAUCUCAGCAGGACUUGUUUCAAUAAAUUAAAAUAGUCACCGUACAGCUGAGAUUCUAUUCUCAGUGUGUUCCUCUUUUCAUUUCUGGAUCAUUUCUCAAAUAUCAAUGCCAUUUAUAUGAAAGCGUAUCUUGUCAAGACCAAAAAUAGGCAGUCAAACUCUCCCCUGUAUAAUAUUUCAUUACUGUCAAACAAUGGUUGUUUCAGCCCACCUCUAACACACCUGAUUGGUGAUGAGCAGUUCACUAGUUAUAUUGAUGAGCAGUUCACUAGUAACACACUAAUCAGGUGUGUUAGUGCUGGGCAGAAACAAAAACAUGCACACUCUUUAGCUCUCCCUGACCAGGAAUGGUGACCACUGGUACAGUUGAAGUCGGAAGUUUACAUACACCUUAGCCAAAUACAUUUAAACUCAGUUUUUCACAAUUCCUGACAUUUAAUCCUAGUAAAAAUUCCCUGUCUUAGGUCAGUUAGGAUCACCACUUUAUUUUAAGAAUGUGAAAUGUCAGAAUAAUAGUAGAGACAAUGAUUUAUUUCAGCUUUUAUUUCUUUCAUCACAUUCCCAGUGGGUCAGAAGUUUACAUACACUCAAUUAGUAUUUGGUAGCAUUGCCUUUAAAUUGUUUAACUUGGGUCAAACGUUUCGGGUAGCCUUCCACAAGCUUCCCAUAAUAAGUUGGGUGAAUUUUCUGACAGAGCUGGUGUAACUGAGUCAGGUUUGUAGGCCUCCUUGCUCGCACACGCUUUUUCAGUUCUGCCCACAAAUUUUCUAUAGGAUUGAGGUCAGGGCUUUGUGAUGGCCACUCCAAUACCUUGACUUUGUUGUCCUUAAGCCAUUUUGCCACAACUUUGGAAGUAUGCUUGGGGUCAUUGUCCAUUUGGAAGACCCAUUUGCGAUCAAGCUUUAACUUCCUGACUAAUGUCUUGAGAUUUUGCUUCAAUAUAUCCACAUAAUUUUCCUUCCUUAUGAUGCCAUCUAUUUUGGGAAGUGCACCAGUCCCUCCUGCAGCAAAGCACCCCCACAGCAUGAUGCUGCCACCCCCAUGCUUCACGGUUGGGAUGGUGUUCUUCGGCUUGCAAGCCUUCCCCUUUUUCCUCCAAACCUAACGAUGGUCAUUAUGGCCAAACAGUUUUAUUUUUGUUUCAUCAGACCAGAGGACAUUUCUCCAAAAAGUACGAUCUUUGUCCCCAUGUGCAGUUGCAAACCAUAGUCUGGCUUUUUUUAUGGCGGUUUUGGAGCAGUGGCUUCUUCCUUGCUGGGCGGCCUUUCAGGUUAUGUCGAUAUAGGACUCGUUUUACUGUGGAUAUAGAUACUUUUGUACCUGUUUCCUCCAGCAUCUUUACAAGGUCCUUUGCUGUUGUUCUGGGAUUGAUUUGCACUUGUCGCACCAAAGUACGUUCAUCUCUAGGAGACAGAACGCGUCUUCUUCCUGAGCGGUAUGACGGCUGCGUGGUCCCAUGGUGUUUAUACUUGCGUACUAUUGUUUGUACAGAUGAACGUGGUACCUUCAGGCAUUUGGAAAUUGCUCCCAAGGAUGAACCAGAGUUGUGGAGGUCUACAAUAAUUGGCUGAUUUCUUUUGAUUUUCCCAUGAUGUCAAGCAAAGAGGCACUGAGUUUGAAGGUAGGCCUUGAAAUACAUCCACAGAUACACCUCCAAUUGACGCAGAUGAUGUCAAUUAGCCUAUCAGAAGCUUCUAAAGCCAUGACAUCAUUUUCUGGAAUUUUCCAAGCUAUUUAAAGGUCAAGUUAAAUAAUCUGUCUGUAAACAAUUGUGUCAUGCACAAAGUAGAUGUCCUAACCGACUUGCCAAAACUAUAGGUUGUUAACAAGAAAUGUGUGGAGUGGUUGAAAAACAAGUUUUAAUGACUCCAACCUAAGUGUAUGUAAACUUCCGACUUCAACUGUAGUUCCGCCAAUGUUUCCCUCAUCAUGCUUUGUGUUCCUGCCAUCCCCUGUCUGCUCCUUUGUGAAGUGGGUUUCAAGACCCACAAUCAACCCAUCUACUGUAACUGCUUAGAUGUGGGAAACGCACUGAACCCAAGACAAUGCUACAAUUACUGUCUGGGAAAAUACAUUAUAGGUUGUAAGGUGUAGUUAUUCAAUAUUUUGCCACCUGUCUGUGUUCAAAUAUAUGCACAAACAUACACUAUAUAUACAAAGGUAUGUGGACACCCCUUCAAAUUAGUGGAUGCGGCUAUUUCAGCCACACCCGUUGCUGACAGGUGUAUAAAAUUGAGCACACAGCCAUGCAAUCCCCAUAGACAAACAUUGGCAGUAGAAUGGCCCUUACUGAAGAGCUCAGUGACUUUCAACGUGGCACCGUCAUAGGAUGCCACCUUUCCAACAAGUCAGUUCAUCAAAUUUCUGCCCUGCUAGAGCUGCCCCGGUCAACUGUAAGUGCUUUUAUUGUGAAGUGGAAACGUCUAGGAGCAACAACGGCCCAGCCGCGAAGUGGUAGGCCAUACAAGCUCAUAGAACGGGACCGCUGAGUGCUGAAGCGCGUAACUGUCUGUCCUCGGUUGCAACACUCCCUACCGAGUUCCAAACUGCCUCUGGAAGCAACGUCAGCACAAUAACUGUUCGUUGGGAGCUUCAUGAAAUGGGUUUCCAUGGCCGAGCAGCCGCACACAAGCCUAAGAUCACCAUGCGCAAUGCCACGUGUUGGCUGGGGUGGGGUAAAGCUUGCUGCCAUUGGACUCUGGAGCAGUGGAAAUGCAUUCUCUGGAGUGAUGAAUUACGCUUCACCAUCUGGCAGUCCGACAGACGAAUCUGGGUUUGGUGAAUGCCAGGAGAACGCUACCUGCCCGAAUGCAUAGUGCCAACUGUAAAGUUUGGUGGACAAGGAAUAAUGGUCUGGGGCAUUUUUUCAUGGUUCGGGCUAGGCCCCUUAGUUCCAGUGAAGGGAAAUCUUAACGCUAUAGCAUACGAUAACAUAAUAGAUGAUUCUGUGCUUCCAACUUUGUGGCAACAGUUUGGGGAAGGCCCUUUCCUGUUUCAGUAUGACAGUGCCCCCGUGUACAAAGCGAGGUCCAUACAGAAAUUGUUUGUCGAGAUCGGUGUGGAAGAAUUUGACUGGCCUGCACAGAGCCCUUAACUCAACCCCAUCGAAAACCUUUGGAAUGAAUUGGAACGCCAACUGCGAGCCAGGCCUAAUCGCCCAACAUCAGUGCCCGACCUCAAUAAUGCUUUUUUGGUUGAAUGGAAGCAAGUCUCCGCAUCAAUGUUGCAACAUCUAGUGGAAAGCCUUCCCAGAAGAGUGGAGGCUGUUAUAGCAGCAAAGGGGGGACCAACUCCAUAUUAAUGCCCAUGAUUUUGGAAUGAGAUGUUCGACGAGCAGGUGUCCACAUACUUUUGCCCAUGUAGUAUAUAUUUACAUUUUUGACAUUAACCCAUUAUAUGAUGUAAAGCAUUUUAAUAUUUUAUUCUCUUCUCUUCUCUCCUCUCCUCUUCUCUUCUCUUCUCUUCUCUUCUCUUCUCUUUUCUUUUCUUUUCUGUCCUCAUGAGAAGGAACGGUAUCUUGGGAGAAUGACCAUGAUAUCCCCAUCUGUGGCUCUUGCUCCCUCGUCCUCCGCAACAACUCUGUCUACAUCGCAUCUGAAGGCUUCUACUACUUCUUUGCCCAGGUCACCUUCACUAGGUACAUCAGGGGAGAGGAGAAGAGGAAGGUGACUCUGAUAAAAAAUGCCAUUCAAAAUAAGACAGCGCAGAGGAGCCUGAGUGAAGCCGUGUAUCACGGAGAGAAAGAGGGCACUGUGUUCAUGUCCAGGAUGGUUAAGCUCCAACAAGGUAACAGUCUCAGCCUUGAGAUAACACCCAAUAGUUUUAGGAAUGGGGGAGAGAAUACUUACUGGGGGGCAUAUCAGCUCCCCCCAUAUUGA